CAUAGUUCGUGUUUCAGUUGUCUGUUGUUGGGUAGAUUGUUAUUUACCGAUUCCUAUGGAUAAAUGAAACGCUUAAUGUGAAUGACAUGGUGCAAUUUUUUUUAAGUGCCAAUAUUCAAACGACAGAAUCGUGAACAUUUUAGUGGUUUCCACCUUGAGUAUCAUAAAGGAAGAAACUAAAAUGGCCAAUACCCUUCGAACCACAUGUUUUCUCUUAUUAGUCGUCUUACUCUUUUUCGAUUUUCCAUCUGUUAUUUGUUUACACCUUUCAGGCUCAUGGAAAACAACAACUUUUUUUCAGUUUCUCGCCAAAUUUGGAUUUCAGAAGACUAACUUGAAGGACAGAAGUCAGACACAAGGGUAUAUUUAUGGAAACAUCACUGCUCAAUUCAAUGUGACUCCCUAUGUUACACUGGCUGUACUGGAUAGAGGCUACUUUUUGGAAUAUUACGGGAAUUCCACAGUGACACAGAAAGCCACAGCCUGCAUGGCAAUGUUUAAAAAGAUUGAUGGUGUGGCAUAUGACUCGCAAUGCAAUGAUGGAGGUUCUCAAGAUCUCUUGCGAAAAAUUCCAUGUCCACAAGGCAAACUUUGCCCUGAUGAAGACAAUCCCAAAAAUGUUGUUGAAAACUUCCAAUUCAGUUUUCAUGUUGAAGAUCUUAGUCAGCCUCGUUUCUGGUAUCUCAGUCUAGUUGCUUGCUACAGAGACUCAAAUUGUUCCUGGAAACCGUUUGAAGAAGAAGUAAUUUUAGACUAUGAUAUUUGGUUAGUAAAUGGAAAUCCCAACUCAAAAAAUCAAAAUCCAUUAGAAUACCAAUUUAGUUUUGACAACCAGGAUACUGUUGAAAUCUAUUUGGUUUUUCUUGCUUGCUAUAUGUUUUUAACCCCUCUGCAAGUGUAUGCUGUCAUGAGACAGAAACAUCCAGUUACAAAACUUUUUACUGUCGGAUUGGUGUUUUCCCUUUGUGGUGUAUUGCUGAAUAUGUUUCAUUGUUUAAAAUUUGCUUUCGAUGGCAAAGGAGUCGAAAUCGCUGCUAUUGUCGGAGGUGUUCUCGACAUAUGCUCUCAGACCCUCUUGAUGCUCCUACUUUUGCUCCUCGCAAAAGGGUGGGCUAUAACCCGAAAAGAGUUAAAGAAUAUUACCAUUCUAUUUUCAGUUUGGGCACUCUACGGACUUGUCCAUGUUCUUCUUUAUGUUUGGGACUUGACGGAGCUGGAUGUCAUCGAUGAUGUAGAUGCUUACCAAACAUGGCCAGGUUGGCUAAUGCUCAUAUUACGCACAGGAAUAAUGGCAUGGUUUUUAUUCUGCCUAAGAGCGACAAUGGCGUUUGAGCAUCAGAAAAGCAAGUUGGAAUUCUUUCUUCACUUUGGAGCAGCUUCUUUAGUGUGGUUCAUCUAUCUUCCAAUUGUGGCUUUGAUUGCCCUUCAAGUCCCAGUUCUAUGGAGAACAAAACUGCUAUUGGGUAUCGUUCAUUCUGCCAAUUUCCUGGCCUAUGCAGUCAUGGCUCAUCUUCUUUGGCCAACACGGUCGCAGCAGUACUUUCUGUUAGCAAAUGAAAUUGAUUUGGGCGAUGAAUUAGAAGAAUUCGAUGAAGCGCCUCACAACGUUGAAAAUCGUCAAGCGCCUUUUAUUAGGAAAAAUUCCAGAUCCUUGAGCGACUCUGACGUAUUUUCUACUCAUGACCUUGCAAAUCAACGCAUCGCUGUUUGAAUUGCCCGAGCUUAAAGUGUUAAUAAUGCUCCGAUUCUAAGAAUGUUCGUGUAUAUGUUGUGACGUCUGUGACCCGCGAGUUUAUACGCAUGUUCCCCGUGUCAACCGUUCCUGUGAUACAUUUCGUGCUUUGUUCAUCAAAGUAUUAUUUCUUUAUAGGAAUAAUAGUACACUAGGUUUUUGCAAAUCAA